CGCCAGGGGCCUGAGGGACGGGUGCUCGGAGCCAGCAUGCCCCUACCCGAGGCCUGCGAGCAGGAGGCUGCGACCGUGACUGCUGCCCGGGAGCUGUCCACAAGGCCAGGCAUGGACAUGGUUUCUGCUGGCCCUCGGAAGCCCCGGAAGUUCUCCAAACUGGUCUUGCUGACGGCCUCCAAGGACAGUGCCAAAGUGGCAGGUGCCAAGCGCCGAGGCGUGCACUGCAUCAUGUCGCUGGGGGUGCCGGGCUCAGCCACCCUGGCCAAAGCUCUCCUCAAGACCCACCCCGAGACCCAGCGGGCCCUCGAGGCGCCCCCCGAGGAGCCCGAGCAGAAACGCUGCAAGCCGGCUCUGGACGCAGACGCCAAGGAAGCUGUCCAACUCUCUCUGGACCCUCCUGUGGGGGAUGGGGAGGGGGCCGCACCACACCCCCCUGCGCCUGCCCGCGACCUUGACCCAGCGCCUGAGCAGGCAGGUGGCCGCGCGCUGCUGAGCGCCUGA